AGGUUUACAAAAACACCUCCACCGAUUAGCGAUGGAAUUUAUCGGAUUUGUAGCGAUCUUCUUUACUACUAUUUUUAUGCCAGGUCAUACCCGGAGGUGUGACUUUUCCCUCCGAAACUGCGUAGUUGAUAAACAUGACGUCAUGAUUUGAUAUUGCAACUUCCAGAAAAGCACGCUUGCUUUAUUUGAACCGCUUUUUAACCUAAACCACCAAUACAAUAUUUGAUGAAUAUGGAAAUAACUGCAUUUGUUUUUUGUCUGCAAAUGUCCUACUGGCUGCGUUUUAAAACCUUAUCCGUCGCUGAGUGUAGGAGUAACUACGGGCAACGCGUCACCGCCAAUCACAGAGCCCGAUUCUUGAAAUUGACUAAUCAGAGUGCGCGUAUGUUAUUCCUCACCACCAAUCAGGAGGCGUUGGUUUGUCGUUCCGCACACUAGUCUGCUCGAUGGAAGAGUUUGUCCGUAGUUGUCACUAUUACGUUUGAAGAAAAAAAAAACUUAACUAGUUGAAUAGUGAUGUUGUUGUUUUUUAAUUUAAAAACGGAUCCGGGAGGCUUUUCAUUUUGGUAAAAUUCGUAAUGUUGAAUUUGACGUCGGGAAAGAAUGAGAACAAAACAUUCUCCUCCUCCCGUGCACGUCCACGUAGUGGAGAGCACACCGGUUCACGUUCAUAUGAGAAGGAGCCCCAGCAGGACCCCGCAGACGGAAAGGAGUAGAGAUGUUCAGGCGAGAGCCGAUCGUGGGAGAGCAACAAGUCGAGCCCCUUGGAUCCCUCCUGGAAUCUCGUCCUGCAGACGAGAUCAGAGAAGCCGAGCGCAGUCAGAGAACGUCUGGCGGGAAAGUGACGAGCAGGACGAUGACGCAACGAUAUUGAGGAAGAACCUCAGCCUGCUGCUCAAAGAGCAACAAAACAGCCAGCGUACAAACAAAGGGCAGGUCCAGUCGUCGGAGACGGAGGUCCUUCUGCGGGCCCUGGUGGAGGCCGAGGUGGAUGGUGUGGCGGUGGCCAACCAACUGACCUCCUUCAAAGAAACCCUGGACAGCUUGGCUAAGGACAAGCAUCCUUCCAAGCUUCAGACAUCCACGCUCACACGGCGGCGUCAGCUUCUCACGGAGAAGAUGGAGAUCUUUGACAAUACCAACCACAGCCUCAGGGACCUCCUCAGAGACUGGAGUCACCACCAGAGGGAAGCAGAGAGACACUCUGAGGAGAACGAAGCUUUCAAGAGCAGACUGGCUGAUGUUGAGGCUGAGAAUAUUAGACUUGUGUCCAAACUGUCCAGCAAGGAGAAAGAAGCCUCCCAGCUCACAGAGUCUUUGAAUUUUGAGAAGGAGCACGCCAAGACAACGGAGGAGCUGUCCAGGAUCUUGGCGUCCACUCGAGACCAUUUGGAGUCUCAGCUCAGUCGAGUACAAGAUGAAAAAGUCACAAUGGCCGCUCAGCUGCAGCAAGCCUAUGAGCAACGGCGGGAAAACGACGAUGAGGCGGCCCUUGCGUUGCUUACCCAGCAUGCCGAGCAGGCCGAGGAGGCAUCCAGGCAGAUGGGAGCCAGGCUGCAGGAGAAAGAGUCCCAGCUGGCCCAGGCGUUGUCCACGUGUAGUGAGCUGCGUCUGCGCAUCGCCAAGGAGGCCACGGCCAGAAGUCAGCUGGAAGACAACAUCACAGCACUCAAAUUGCAGGUGAGCGAGUGGAACGCUCAGCAUCACAUGGCGGAUGAGCGAAGUCGCGGCGAGAGGGAGGAGCUUCGAGACCAGCUCCACCGUCUAAGUGCUGAGAAGACCGCCAUGGCGCUAGACAAACAGUCCUUGAAGGCUCAAGUGACGUCCGGCGAGGAAAAGCUGCGAGUCGCUCAGGAGGAAACGCGACAGCUCAUGACAUCGUACAAGAAACUCGAAGCAGUGUUGGACAAGUACAAGAGGAAGGCUCAGCAGGCAGACCUGCAGUGCGAGGAGCAGCGACUGAAGGUGAACGAAGCUCAGCUGGAGGCUCGGGAGGCCAUGGUGGCGCAGGAACGGGAGCAGGAGCAGCUAAGGAAGGAGCUACUCCGCCUGCGCCAGUUGGAGACGCUCCCCGAGCGCCUGCGCAGGAGCGAACAGCAGCUGGCGCAGGUGCAGCAAGAGGCCGAUGACCACCAGAGGAGGAACCUGGAGCACAACGCCACCCUCGCUGAAGUCAGACACAAGGUGGAACAACAAGGGUCUCAGCUGGAGGUGUUCCAGCGUAGGAACAUGCUGUUGCAGGAGGAGAACAAUGUCCUCAAAGAGAAGAUACUCAACCUGGAAAGGAAGUUGGAGUCCAUGCGUGUGGGGAACCAGGAGAUGUGUGAGGCACUUAGCCUGAAGGAGGUCAGCGUACUGAGCGUAGAACAGCAGCUGGACCAGAAAAGUCGCGAGAACGCCGCCCUUACCCAACAGCUGCAGCAAGCACUGGAGGACGCCCAGCAGCAGGCCCGGCAAAGCGUGGAGAGAGUCCUGGACAAGGAGCGCAGGUCACAGUCCAAAGCCCUGGACCUCCAGGAACAGCUGAGCCGGGCUGAGGCCCAGCUCAGUCAGCUGCAUCGGAGCAAGGAGGAGAUGGAGCGUCGCUUCCAGAACCAGCUGAAGAACCUGAAGGAGCGUCUGGAUCAGUCGGACCAGACCAACCGCAGCCUGCAAAACUAUGUCCGCUUCCUCAAGACCUCCUACGGGAACGUCUUUGGCGAGCCGUUCGUCCCCAGCUGACGUUCAAAAGCUACAUUUCAACUUAUUUUUUGUUUUUAAUCACAAAUAAACGUGUCCAUGUUCCACUUGA